AUGUUUAAAGGCAUCCGUUCCGCUUCUCACUCAAUCAUAAGUACCGUCACCGGAACCGGCACUGGCGCUCCUGAAGACUCGUCGGCAUCUGCUGCUCCCGGAUCCUCCGGAUCCGCUUCUGCAAACGCUGGGGGACAUCAGCAUAUUCAUCAUCACCAUUCCUCGUCUGCGGCUCCCGCCACAAGCUCCGGAACUUCCACUUCACCUAAAGACUUCUCAUAUGUAGACCCAGAAGACAUUGAUGAAGUUGAUGACCAAGGCCAAAACAUUCUCAUGGGCAUCAUUUCCCAGCUCCGCUUCGGUUCUGAUCUCUCUCGUAUCACCCUACCUACCUUCAUUCUCGAGCGCAAGUCUAUGCUUGAACGUAUCACCAACCAGUUCCAACACCCUGAUAUCCUACUCGAAGCCCACACUACAAAGGACCCUGAAGCCCGCUUCAUCAAGGUCGUCAAAUGGUCCCUUUCAGGAUGGCACAUCACCCCCAAGGCUGUCAAAAAGCCCCUAAACCCGGUUCUUGGUGAAUACUUUAGCUCUUGGUGGGACCUCUCUAACGGCACACGGGCUUACUAUAUUGCCGAACAAACCUCCCACCACCCUCCAAAAACCUCCUACUUUUACAUUUCCCCAGAAAACAAUAUUCGCAUUGACGGUACUCUCGUCCCUCAUUCAAAGUUUCUCGGCAACUCUGCUGCAUCCAUAAUGGAAGGCGUUGGUUUCCUUCAGUUUAUGGAUAUUAUUGAUUCUAAGACAAAGAAUCCCGAACUUUACGAAAUUACCCAGCCCAAUAUGUACGCACGCGGUAUCCUCAUUGGUAAGCUCAAGUACGAGCUCGGCGACCACUCCAUAAUUCGGUGCCCUGCUCUUGACUUGGUCGCCGAUAUUGAGUUCAAAACGAAGGGGUUCAUUUCCGGAACCUACAAUGCUAUCCAGGGUGAAAUCAAGCAAAUUUCCACCGGCAAGGUGCUCUACGAAAUUACAGGAAAGUGGAACGAAAUUAUGGAGAUUCGUAACGUCAAGACCAAGGAAAAGUCUGUUCUUUUUGACACUUUUACUGCUAAUCCUCAGCCUACUUCAGUGCGCCCACUGGACGAACAGGGCCACCUGGAGUCGCGUCGGUUGUGGCAUAAGGUCAUAAUAGCUCUUGGCAAACGCGACCACGAAACAGCUACAACUGAAAAGUCCAAGAUUGAAGACAAACAGCGCGUGGAGGCCCGUGUACGCGCUGAAGAGGGUGUUGAGUUUCAUCCAAAGUUGUUCAAGCCUGUUCAUAGCCCUGUCGGCUACCGUAUAUACAAGGACUUUGAUGGAAAGACACCUGCCGAACAAAUCAAGCUUGUGGAAGAAAUCAUGCCCAUUCUCCCUGGCCAGAAGUUCCGCGAUAACUUUGAAAUGCCUGCGUACGAAAAGCACAUGCAUGGCGAUGAUAAUGCUGACUUGAGGGAUGAUACUGAAGAAGAAGAAAGUACGAAAGAAGACUGUGAAAGCUGCCAGCAGGAAAUAUUAAACAAGCAGGGGCCAUUGGACCAAACAGAGGAUCUUAAGCAGGCAUUGCCAUGA